AUGGUUCUUCAAGUAUCAAAUCCAAAUGAUGUUAAAAUUUAUACUGUUUCAGGAACGGGAUCUCGCGCAAUACCUGACUGGUUGGCUAGAAAAAAGAGAAGAAUGUUGAAAGAUGAUCCAGAAUGGCGUUCAAGGAUUGAACUAAUUCAGGAUUUUGAGUUCCCGGAAGCUUCCAUUCGAGUAAAAACCACAAAGGAUGGAAAAUUUGUAAUGGCAACAGGUGUCUACAAACCCCAAAUUCGAGUUUUUGAGUUUUCAGAAAUGUCAAUGAAGUUUGAUCGCCAUACAGAUUCUGAAAAUGUUGAUUUUGAGAUUUUAUCAGACGAUUGGACCAAAGAUUUGGCUUAUCAUUACCCUACGUGCGAUCUUCUCAUAACUUCUUCAUCACAUGAAGUAUAUCGAUUAAACCUUUGUCAAGGUCGAUUUUUAAAUCCAAUAUCAACUGAUGCAACAUCUGGUGUCAAUGUUGGAAUAAUAAAUCCAGUACAUCAACUUUAUGGAUUUGGUACAGAAGAUGGUAGAGUAGAAUUUUGGGAUCCUCGAUCACGAUCGCGGGUUGGAGUGUUAACACCUAGUUUUCCUGAUGAACCUGAUAAUCAAAGUUUAAGUAUAACUUCCAUGGAAUAUAAAAAUGAUGGUCUUUCUUUAGCCAUAGGAACUUCUACUGGUCAUAUAUUAUUGUAUGAUUUAAGAAGUUCAAAUCCCUGGUUAGUUAAAGAUCAUCAAUAUGGAUAUCCCAUAAAAAGUAUAAAAUGGUAUUAUGAUGAUGUUACAGGGGAUAAAGGUCAAAAUAAAAUAAUUAGUGCGGAUUGUAAAAUUAUUAAAAUAUGGGAUAAAGAUAAUGGUUCACAUUUUACUUCAGUAGAACCAAUCACUGACAUAAAUGAUAUUUGUUUAGUACAAGAUUCUGGAUUAAUUUUCGUUGCAAAUGAAGGAAUACAGAUCGGUGCAUAUUAUAUACCUGCGUUGGGACCAGCUCCAAAAUGGUGCUCAUUCUUGGAUAAUUUAACGGAAGAAAUGGAAGAAAAUCCACAACAAAAUAUUUAUGAUGAUUAUAAAUUUAUAACUAGAAAAGAAUUGGAAAAUCUAGGGAUGGAUCAUCUAAUAGGAACUAAUGUCUUGAGACCAUACAUGCAUGGAUUUUUCAUCGAUCUGCGUUUACAUGAACAAGCUAAAGCAAUUGCUAAUCCAUUUGCAUAUGUGGAUUAUCGAGAAAAAAUUAUUAAAGAAAGAUUAGAAAAAGAACGUGAAUCGCGUAUUCGUGCUACCAAAAAAUUACCCAAGGUUAAUAAAGAAUUGGCAGGUCGAUUGUUGAAUUUAUCAAAUAAAAAGAAGAGCAAUAAGGAAGCUGUUGAUCCUCUCAAAGACACUAGAUUUGGAGAAUUAUUCUCAAAUCCAGAUUUUGAAAUUGACAAAAAUUCUAUUGAAUACAAAUUAUUACAUCCUACUUUAACUUCUAAAUUUGCUCAAGAAAGUGGAAAUUCUAAAACUUCCGAAUCUUCUGAAACCGAUAGUGAUGAAGAUCUCAUAACACAGGUGAAUAAACAAAGGAGAAUUAAAAAGAUUGAGGAUGAUCACAUUCGAACAGCUCAUUCAGGAAAUCAAAAACAGAAAAAGAUUGAGAUGAAGAUUGGAAGGAUAGUUGGUUCAUCCAAAGAUCGUAAAAAUAAAGAGAUUACGGGUAACAUGGAAAUGUCAUUUAAGAUUAAAAAUAAAUUUAAUAAACAGUCAUUAGAUGAUAAUGAUUCUCGUAAAAAAAGUCAAAGGAGGAAUAGGAGACCCGCCAGUAAAAAUGUGUUGAGAGGAUUAGGUUAA